AUGCAAUCUUCCUCGCAAAAAGGUGUUGCAGGUGUUGCAGGCGGGCGCGGGGCGCGGGGCGCGGCGGGCGGGCGGGCGCGGCAUGGGGCGCGCGCGGCGGGCGCGGCGCUGAGGCGCGGGAUGUACGGCGCCUACUACCCCUACCUGUACGGCCGCGGCGCCGCGCGAUCCUUCCACCACGCGCCGCACUUCCAGUACGACCGGCUGAACGUGCAGGGCGGUAAUGGCGGCGAGUACAGCGCGGGCGCUGCGGCGCUCAGCUCGGGCUCGGCGUCCUCCGGCGCGCAGUCGCCGGCCUCGCCACCGCACGCGCACCUGCCGCUGGCGCCGCACGCACACGCGCACGCGCACGCACACGCACACGCGCACGCACACGCGCACACGCACGCUCCGCACGCGCACGCCGCGCACCAGUCGCCGCGGCUGCGCGCCAAGGAGGAGGAUCUGUCCGCGCACGGCCGCGCCAGUGCUGACGGCGGCGGGUCGUCGGAGUCUGAGGGGGAGUGCGGGGCGGCGCGGGGGCGCGCGCAGUACGUCAGCGCGAACUGCGUCGUGUUCACGCACUACGCGGGCGACGUGGCAGCCGUCGUCGACGAGCACUUCGCGCGCGCACUCGCCGUCGAUAAGCCCAAAGAGAGCGUGCCGCUGGCGUCCCGCAACCUGCCCGCGUCGUUCUUCAACGCGGCGGCCCCUGCGGGCAGCGCGGGCGCGGGCUGCGGGCUGGAGCUGUACGAGUACGACCCGUGGCACCAGCCGUACGGCUACGCGCGCGACUACCAGCACGUGGGCUACGGCGGGCUGCUGCUGGGCCGCGGCGGGCUGCACGCGCAGUACAAGCCGGUGGAGUGGGGCGCGCAGCACGCGCACCACCCCCAUCACCCGCACCACCCGCACCCCCACGCGCACCUCGACCCCGCCGCCUGCGCGCCCUACUCCUACACCGCGGUGCCCGGUCUGGAGGCGCAGGUCCAGGACACGUCUAAGGAUCUCUACUGGUUCUGA